GCUCGCCCCGGAGCUGCCGGGCGGCGCCGCGGUUGCUGGUGGGCGCCGGUGCCCUCGGCGAGGGGCUCGGACUCACCAUGCCCCAGCGGGGCCGGGCCGCCGGGCACAAGCAGAUCCCCGGCUUGCCCCCGCCUCGAAGAGCUCGGAUUAGCUGCAGCAGGCGCCCAAGGAUUUGAAUCCGGACCCCGGGAGGGAGCGCACCUAGGCCGACCUCGGAGUGGCGGCCCCGCGGCCAACAUGCUUCGCAAAGGCUGCUGUGUGGAACUGCUGCUGCUGCUGCUGGCCGGGGAGCUGCCCCUGGGCGGCGGCUGCCCGCGGGACUGCGUGUGCUACCCCGCACCCAUGACGGUCAGCUGCCAGGCGCACAACUUCGCAGCCAUCCCCGAGGGCAUCCCGGAGGACAGCGAGCGCGUCUUCCUGCAGAACAACCGCAUCACCCUCCUCCAGCAGGGCCACUUCAGCCCCGCCAUGGUCACCCUGUGGAUCUACUCCAACAACAUCACCUUCAUCGACCCCAACACCUUCCAGGGCUUUGUGCACCUGGAGGAGCUGGACCUUGGCGACAACCGCCAGCUGCGGACGCUGGCACCUGAGACCUUCCAGGGCCUGGUGAAGCUCCAUGCCCUCUACCUCUAUAAAUGUGGGCUCAGCGCCCUGCCGGCUGGCAUCUUUGGCGGCCUGCACAGCCUGCAGUACCUCUACCUGCAGGACAACCACAUCGAGUACCUCCAGGAUGACAUCUUUGUGGACCUGGUCAACCUCAGCCACCUGUUUCUCCACGGCAACAAGCUGUGGAGCCUGGGCCAGGACACCUUCCGGGGCCUGGUGAACCUGGACCGGCUGCUGCUGCACGAGAACCAGCUGCAGUGGGUCCAUCAUAAGGCUUUCCACGACCUCCGCAGGCUGACCACCCUCUUCCUCUUCAACAACAGUCUCUCUGAGCUGCCGGGCGACUGCCUGGCACCCCUGGGGGCCCUGGAGUUCCUCCGCCUCAACGGGAACGCCUGGGACUGUGGCUGCCGGGCGCGCUCCCUGUGGGAAUGGCUGCAGAGGUUCCGUGGCUCCAGCUCUGCCGUCCCUUGCGUGUCCCCCGAGCCUCUGCAUGGCCAGGACCUGAAGCUGCUAAGGGCCGAGGACUUCCGGAACUGCACGGGGCCGGCGUCCCCGCACCAGAUCAAGUCGCACACGCUCACCACCACCGACAGGGCUGCCCGCAAGGAACACCACCCCGCCAGGGACAAGGGCCACCCGCACGGCCAUCUGCCCGGCUCUCGGUCAGGCUACAAGAAGCCGGGCAAGAACUGCACCAGCCACAGGAAUCGCAACCAGGUCUCGAAGGCGGGCACCGGGAAGCAGGCCCACGAGCUGCAGGACUAUGCCCCCGACUACCAGCACAAAUUCAGCUUUGAUGUCAUGCCCACGGCACGGCCCAAGAGGAAGGGCAAAUGUGCCCGCAGGACCCCCAUCCGUGCCCCCAGCGGGGUGCAGCAGGCCUCCUCGGGCAGUUCCCUGAGGGCCUCACUCCUGGCCUGCAUACUGGGGCUGGUGGUCACUCUCCGCUGAGGACGCAGGGCGCCAGCACCCAGGGCUGCCACGUGUCCACCAAGGAACAGGAUUUCUUUUCUUUUUUUCACAAGUGGAGGAUCUGCUGGGUUUCAGGCAAAGGCUGGUAGAGGUUUCGGCUGCUGUCUGGGCCCUGCCCGGUGGAUUAUAAACCCAAAGUGUACAGCCCCAAGCAGGAGGGGAUUAACACAUCCAUCCCACCCAGCUGUCCCAGCCAGACCCCCCGCCGAGCACCCAUGGACAGCAUCCACCCAGCAAGGCAGUUAAAGCCACAAAGGGAGUCCUUCAUUCGCAACAAUAGGACAGUGCCCCGCGGGAGCUGGGCUCUGUGGAAUCCUGGUCAUUUGGAGAGGUCUGAAGGGCCCCUGCCACUGCUGGAGGAAGCAGGACUCAGAGAACAGACAAGGCUCACCCAAGACGCUGGGUCCACCAGCUAUCUGGGAGCACAUGAGCAGGUGGCAUUUUGGCUCUUGCCUGAGGCCACUUAGUGACCCUGCCCUGAAUCCAACCACGUGCCACCUUCAGUCCCUCCCUUGGAGGUAAUGCCUCUCAUUCCUGAUGUCUCAGGCAACCCUGGCAGACCCAGGCCCAACUUGCUGGGCUCCAAGAACCAAUUACCAAAGGAAAGAUCAUCAGAGGCUGAAAUUUAGAACUUCAUCGUGUGCAAUGAGGUUCUCACAGGAGGUGCAGUUUUAUAACUAUGUCCACUUAUCUAUAUAUACACACACACUACACAUAUAUAUAUACACACACAAGUGCACAGGCCCUCGCCCUACUCCCUUACCAAACUGUAUGUUUUAUCAUGUUUAUAAACUAUACGGAAAAGUGUAUCUGCUGAACUAAGGACUGUAUCGGUGAUUUCUAGCAAGAAGGAGUUCUAGGAUUUCUGUCUAGAAUCCCAACCUGGCAACAGUAAUCCCCAUGUAACCUGGGCUUGCCAGGGCCUGGGGCAAAGGGGCAGUGAGGAGGGUCAGGGAGAAGUGGAGGCAGCAAGAAUCACUUCAGGGGACCAAUAUUCUUAGAUAUGUAGAGCAUCACCAUGUUUUCAUAUGCAACACAAGCCGUCUGCCGCCCCGGAGCACCCAGUCACUCCCAAUAUAGCAGCUGUUGGCAUCAGGGUGAGAAGCCAGAAGCAGCUUGUUGGACAUCAGGGAGCCAGGCCCUUGGGAUGGGCUGGAAGAAGAAGGGGAAGAAAGGGGGUUUGGGUUUCUUAGGCCGGCGGGCGAGGCAGCAUCCACAGUGUUAGUCCAACAGGCUGGGCAGUGUUGUCAGCCUAGCACUUUGCCAGCAACGGUACGGACAGGCCAGGGAGGCUCUGGGCAUGAGCCCAGGCCGCCAGCACGGCUCAGCUGCUGAAUUUUUCCUUGAGGCUCUUCGAUGGGCAUCCCAGCAAGGGUCCUGUGGAGGGUGGCAGGAGGGAAAGCAUCAGGUGGCCUUGGCAGAAGGGAAACAAAGAGGGCAUUUCAAGAACCAUCUCAGGCACUUCUGCAUUACAGAGGCCCCGCCCCUCCUGGGCCCUCUGAAGAUGUCCCGGGGACGGGCAGUGGUCGGGGGGGUGGCCAGACUCAGGGGUCAGGAGUGGGGACGUGCAGGGAAUGGAGCAGGCAAGCUCAGACCGGGGAGAGGGGCUCAAGUCAAGAUCAGCCGUGCUGCUGGCUGGGGUCCGAGCGGGCACAAUCUUUUUUUGGCUUUGCACAAACCCGAAUUCCCCACCAGAGAG